AUCACCACAUUAUGCUUGCCCUGAAGUUAUCCGGGGAGAAAAAUAUGAUGGAAGGAAAGCAGACGUCUGGAGCUGUGGAGUCAUUUUAUUUGCGUUGCUAGUGGGUGCUCUGCCUUUUGAUGACGACAACUUGCGGCAACUGUUGGAGAAGGUGAAACGUGGAGUGUUUCACAUGCCACAUUUUAUCCCCCCGGACUGUCAGAACCUUUUGCGGGGGAUGAUUGAAGUGGAUGCCUCGAAACGUCUCACGCUAGAACAUAUUCAGAAACACAUAUGGUAUAUAGGGGGUAAGAACGAGCCAGAACCAGAGCAACCAAUUCCUCGAAAGGUGCAGAUUCGUUCUCUCCCUUCCUUGGAGGAUAUUGAUCCAGACGUGUUAGAUAGCAUGCACUCAUUAGGCUGCUUCCGUGACCGAAAUAAACUCUUACAGGACUUGUUAUCAGAAGAAGAAAACCAAGAGAAAAUGAUUUAUUUUCUUCUGCUUGACCGGAAGGAGAGGUAUCCUAGCCAUGAAGAUGAGGAUCUUCCCCCUAGAAAUGAAAUAGAUCCCCCCAGGAAGCGUGUGGACUCCCCAAUGCUGAACAGGCAUGGGAAGCGGCGGCCAGAAAGGAAGUCGAUGGAGGUUCUCAGUGUGACAGAUGGCGGCUCCCCAGUCCCUGCUCGCAGAGCUAUUGAAAUGGCACAACACGGACAGAGGUCUCGGUCAAUCAGCGGAGCGUCGUCUGGGCUCUCCACCAGUCCUCUCAGCAGUCCAAGGGUCACCCCUCACCCCUCUCCAAGGGGAAGUCCCCUCCCUACCCCCAAGGGGACACCUGUCCAUACGCCAAAGGAGAGCCCAGCAGGCACACCCAACCCAACACCACCAUCCAGCCCCAGCAUUGGAGGAAUGCCAUGGAGGACACGGCUCAACUCAAUCAAGAAUAGUUUCCUUGGGUCUCCUCGCUUCCAUCGCCGGAAAUUGCAAGUACCUACACCAGAGGAGAUGUCUAAUUUAACCCCGGAAUCAUCCCCAGAACUUGCCAAAAAAUCCUGGUUUGGUAACUUCAUCAACCUGGAGAAAGAAGAACAGAUUUUUGUGGUCAUUAAGGACAAACCACUAAGCUCCAUUAAGGCUGAUAUUGUCCACGCUUUCCUCUCGAUUCCAAGCCUCAGUCACAGUGUCAUCUCACAGACAAGUUUCCGUGCAGAAUAUAAGUCCACAGGAGGUCCUGCUGUCUUCCAGAAGCCAGUGAAGUUCCAGGUGGACAUAACAUACACAGAAGGGGGAGAGGCACAGAAGGAGAACGGGAUCUAUUCUGUCACUUUCACACUCUUAUCAGGUCCAAGCCGUCGUUUUAAGAGGGUAGUAGAAACCAUUCAGGCACAGUUGUUAAGCACACAUGACCAGCCUUCAGUGCAGCAGUUAUCAGACGAGAAGAACGGGCAGGUGAGCCAUCCCCCCGGCACGCCAACCAAGCAUAGCGCAAACAGCAAGCGGAGCGAUUCCGGUUCUAAUGACUAUGGGUCUAGAGGAGACAAUAAGUACCCUGCUGGCAAAGACAAGGCAAAGAUGGUCUCAUCAGUCGGCCUACAAGACCAACCUUAAAUAAACACAUAAAAAAAUUAAAUAACUUAGAAAAAACAAAAACAAAAAAGCAAGAAAGAAUGAAAGAAUAUUCCUUAGCAAGCUAG